UUAUUAUCCAUGCUCGAGCAAAUUCAACUGCUCUUUCUCCGCCGCAUGCUGGGUCUAUCCCGUCGUUCCAUUCUCGCACCUCUCUUCACAGAGACUGGUAUCAUGCCCAUACGUACCCGUCGUGUCAUUCUUGCCCUUCGCUACCUCAUUUGCCUCCUAAAACUCGGACCGGAGCACUACGCUCACCUUGCACUGCAGGAGAACUUCAACCUUCGAAACUCCGGCAUGAAAUGCUGGCUUUUAGAUGUC